CUAUUCAUCACGUCCGUCUUUGAGAAACGUUAUUUCCACGUGUUGCCACGUACCUAGUGAGAACAAGACGCAUAAUGACCCGCCACUCUCCAUGCACCAAGAACCUGUGAGACUGAGCCUUCUACACGGCUGUCGCGAGUUACGUAUUCCGCCAUGGCGGCGACAGCACAAACGAGGGCACAGCAUGAGUUUUGGAAAACUCCACGGACUGGCCGGCGCAUCAAUCCAUCCUCAGCUGCCCACAGUUCCGGAAGUGCACUAAACGGUGGGGCAAGCAACGAAUAGCCGUGAAUUUGAUCGAGCCACCCCCGUGUGCUUACAGGCAGCAUAUGGGAAAGAAGGAAUCCGCAGACACGGAAAAAGAAAAAGAGCACGAAUCCAGAGGCGGGCCAGUACAUCUAUGCCCCCCUCAGGCGCCGCGCAGAUCCGAGAGUGCGCGCAGCGGCGGGGGCAAGUCAUUCCAGCAGCGAGAAGCGGCGAAUUUGAACGACCCGCGAAAGGCAGACGUCCGAUGUCUAGGAGUUAGAAAGAUAAUCGAAAGCGCGAGAGAAAUCAAGCAAUAUGAGGGCGGACACCAUGCCCCGGUCCUGAGAAGCAAGCAGUCCAUCCACCACAUCCGCCAGAGCAGUUGCCGUGCUGUGACCCUUACGAAAACCAGAUUGCAGAGCAGGGAGCAUAUUGUGUUUUUCAAGGUAAUCAGUCAAUUGGUUGCACACUAUCCUCUCCAAGACCUUGGACAAACAUGGAAGGAGACUGACAGGUCGUAACUCCUGCAUUGAUGCUGGCUGGCCGGUCUUAGGCAGGGGCUUUACCACUGCUGUCUUCCAAUCGUCAGGGAACACACCUUCAAGUAAUGAGCGGUUUAUUAUUGCCGUGAUGGCCUCCAGUGAUUGCGGCAGUGUCAGCCGCAAUACGUCCAAAGACAUGCCGUCGCAACCCAUUGCGUUUGAACGCAGGCCUUUGAUGGUAUUCAUUACCACUUCCCUGCUCACCGUACUUAAUGUAAAUGAUGCCGACAUAUUAAGCCUAUUAUAUUCAAAGAAAGUGAGCUGCGAAAUACUUGACUCAUCCUGCCCAGGGACGUUCAAAAAAUGAACAUUCAAUUUGUCAGGGUCAUUAAAUGCGGGAGGCAGCUCAUUUGAGUCCCUUUUGUUUGGCAAUAUGGUGCUCUUAAGAUUUUUCCACAACUUCUUUGAGUCCCUGUAAUUGUUGUUUAUGUGUCUGUCAAAGUAACUUUUUUUUUCUUGUUCAAUUGCUGCAAUGACUAUAUGCCUCAUCUCCUUGUAAGCUUGCCUAAUAGUUGCUGUCCCGUGCUUCUUAAAUUUUCUAUGGUAGUUAUCCCUAAUGCGCAUCAUAGACUUAACGGUGUCAGUUAUCCAAGGGUGA